CUCCUUUUCCUUCCCUCCAGGUGGAGUGUUAUCUUUGCUCACCAGGUCCCAUGAGGACCUGGGCAACAUGGUGCCCACUGGCCAGGUGGCAGAAAAGCAAGCCUGCGAAGAGCCCAGGCAGGACCGCGAACUUAAGUCCUGGCGAUGGCUAGUGUUCUACCUCUGCUUCUUUGGCUUCAUGGCACAGUUGCGACCUGGGGAGAGCUUCAUCACACCCUACCUCCUGGAACGUAACUUCACCAAGGAGCAGGUGACCAACGAGAUCAUUCCGAUGCUGCCCUACUCCCACCUGGCCGUGCUGGUCCCCGUCUUCCUGCUCACCGACUACCUACGAUACAAGCCAGUCCUGGUCCUCCAGUGCCUGAGCUUCGUGUGCGUGUGGCUGCUGCUGCUCCUGGGGACCUCCGUCGUGCACAUGCAGCUCAUGGAAGUCUUCUACAGCAUCACCAUGGCGGCGCGCAUCGCCUACUCCUCCUACAUAUUCUCCCUGGUGCAGCCCUCCCGCUACCAGCGCAUGGCCAGCUACUCGCGGGCCGCGGUCCUACUGGGCGUCUUCAUCAGCUCCGUGCUGGGCCAGGUGCUGGUCACCCUAGGAGGCAUCUCCACCUAUAUGCUCAACUGCAUCUCCCUGGGCUUCAUCCUCUUCAGCCUGAGCCUCUCGCUCUUCCUAAAGCGUCCUAAGCGGAGCCUCUUUUUCAACCGGAGCGCACUUGUGCAAGGAGCCUUGCCCUGUGAGCUGGAUCAGAUGCACCCGGGGCCUGGCCAUCCAGAGCCCAGGAAACUGGAGCGCGUGCUGGGCACUUGCAGGGACUCCUUCCUGGUACGCAUGCUAAGCGAACUGGUGAAGAACAUCCGGCAACCACAGCUGCGUCUCUGGUGCCUCUGGUGGGUCUUCAACUCGGCAGGCUACUACCUGAUCACCUACUAUGUCCAUGUCCUGUGGAAAAUCACUGACAGCAGACUCAACUACAACGGUGCCGUAGAUGCCGCCUCCACGCUUCUGAGCGCCAUCACGGCCUUCACCGCGGGCUUCGUGAACAUCCGCUGGGCUCUGUGGUCAAAGCUGGUCAUCGCGAGUGUCAUAGCCAUCCAGGCUGGCCUGGUUUUCUGUAUGUUCCAGAUCCCGGACAUCUGGGUCUGCUAUGUGACCUUCGUGCUUUUCCGUGGGGCCUACCAGUUCCUUGUGCCCAUUGCCACUUUUCAGAUUGCGUCUUCCCUGUCUAAAGAGCUCUGUGCAUUGGUCUUCGGGAUCAACACUUUCCUUGCCACUGCGCUUAAGACCUCGAUCACGCUCGUGGUCUCUGACAAGCGGGGUCUGGGCCUCCAAGUCCAUCAACAGUUCCGCAUCUGCUUCAUGUACUUCCUGACGCUGUCCAUCAUCUGCCUUGCCUGGGCUGGGCUGGACGGCUUGAGGUACUACCGGCGUGGCCGCCACCAGCCGCUGGCCCAGGCCCAGGCUCUGAGUCCCUUGGAGGAUUCUGUGCAGGCGAUAAGCCUACAAGACGGAGACCCAAGGAGACCGCAGCCCUCGGCGCCACAGCUGCUCCCGGAGGAUGGCAGCGUGGAAGACGGCAGGGCAGACUUGAGAGUCGAAGCCAAGGCCUGACCUGUCUUCACCUUCCUGGCUUCAUCCCAGUUCAGCCGCCGGAUUCCUGACUCAGUGGCAGCCCCUCCUGCGUGCACUCCAGCCUGAAUCAGCCCUUCUGGGGUUCCCAUGCCUGAGACAUGUGGGGGUCCCCCUGUUGCCUUUCAGGAGCCUUCAGGUUAGGCCACAGAACUCUCUCCUUAGGGGCCACCUUUUUUAACAGUGGGGCGACAGACAGCUUGUCCUUCCAGUAGCCUCUGAGGACACUAAGCCCAGCCUACUUCAUGCUUUAGCAAUGGCUGGAGCCUGCUACAGACACUCAGGGCCGCUCCCUGGCUUUUGUGAACCACAAUGUCAGGCCACUACGAGCCUGGGUUGCCUACUGCUUGCCAAGAAGAACCUGUGUAAGGGUCAGCUGUGCCCACCAGGCUGGUCUGCCCUUUGCUCCGGGACGCUCAGGACAAAUCACGUCUGCCCCCAGGGCUAGUGAGGUAGCCCAGACACUGGACAAGGUCCGCUGAGCCUGCAGGGUGCUGGUUGCCUGUCCUAGGCUCCUGGCGAAGCUGCCAUACGUCCACUCUCGGAGGUGCUUGUUUGAAUGGUUGUCUGAUUUUUUUAAAACUUGACAUUAAAAUGGAGAACUACA